UUACCUUCGAGUUAUAACGAGGUAGUUGAAUCUGCCUGUUUAUUUAUUUAUUUUUUGAGAGUAUAUCAACUGUAGUAAUCAAGAUGUCUACAUAUGUUCCUUUUGGUCUUGCAUGCUCAUAUUUUUUGUAAAAUGAAAUGGACAAAUGCAUCUUUUUAUUUUUUUGCCCUUCUAGCCGUCUGUUACAUAGGAGAUUCUGCAGAAGACGCUCAAUGGGAAACUGUAUUGCCGUCGUUCUUUAAAAGAAAAUAUCGUGCCUGGAGCACGAACGAUACGUGCAAUUAUGAAAGAUUAAAGAGUUUAUCCACAAAUGUAUCUCAAGUGUGGAUCGACGAUGAAACUGUACACUCGGCGAAGGCCAGACCAGCUAUAAAUCAUCACGGUGUUAGAAAAGUAGAAUUCCGUUUGGAAUUUCACAGACUUUCAAGAAAAAACAUAGCCAAUUUGGUGAAAAGAAGAAUUGUUGCUGACAUCAUACCAAAGGGCAAUAAGCGAGAUCGAUUUAACGUAACCGCCUUGACUGUCUUUGUAAAUGAAAACAUUUUGGAAUUGACUUUUGAUGUCACAACUUUGUAUGAAACCUCAAAAGUGGACUUUCUGGAUGAUAUAAAUUUUAAUUUUAGAAUCGUCCGCUUGAAUGGAAAAACAAUUAAAUUAUUAAUGAGAAAAAAUCCAAAAGGAUUUAUUAUUUUGUAUGAAAGUGUGGAAACCUGUAAUUUUAUGGAGUUUCUUCAUCACGAUGGACGUUUCGGGAGGUCUCAAGUUUUUCAUCGAAUGAAAAAUAUUCCGAGAAAUGAUUUGAAAUCCGCACCUUUCUUACCAGACUCCCGAUUAUGUGAAUUAAAUGAUUUCUCAAUAUCUUUUAUGGAUAUUGGUUUAAAUUGGAUCAUUUUCCCUGAAGUAGCAAACAUUGGGAUAUGUGAAGGAAUCUGUUCCAUCAAUUCUGUUAAAACUGGAUACAGAUUGUUGCAAAAUGCAUUCUAUUACAAGGCAAACAAAGGUCAACCGUCAUCUUGUCGACCAUCUAAAUUCGGUUCGAUGACUAUUAUUUACAUAGACUAUUCAGAUGAAAUGCCAGUCAUAGCCAAAUUUACUGGCAUGAUUGUCAAACAGUGCAGCUGUAUGUAAGUGGCAUGUAGAACAUUAUUAUUACAAGUUUA